GAAGUGGCGAUGUUAUUUCUCAAAAACACCCACUGCUUUCUCCCCUCCCUCUUUACCGAGUCCGACUCUGUGGUGUUCUGUCCACAGACUUUCUUCUGUGAAGUAAUGCCUGGUUUCUGGACUCUUUGCUCAGCUAUGCAAUAAGAAAGAGGAUUAACGGAGCCGAGCAGCAGCAGGAAUUUGGCCUUUCAUCCAUCACCUGGUUCCCUCAAAGAAAAUACUCUUCCUUUGUGAUUCUUCCUCUCUUUUCUUUCUUUCUUCAACCCUCUUUCCAGCAUGACCCUGCUGUCAGAGGACCAGUCUGCCAGGCCCCAGCCUUGUCUGCUGUCAGAACCCGGGAAACACAUCAGCACGUCUUUGGACCAGUACAGACCAGACUCUAAAGAGGACUACAUGGACAGUGUGGAGACCUCUGUGUUUGGGGCUGUGGAGCCCCCUCGACGGUCUCGGGGUCGCCUGAUCCUCCACAGUUUGGUUAUGUUUGGUCGGGAGUUCUGCUACGCGGUGGAAGCGGCAUUCGUCACGCCGGUGCUCCUCAGCGUGGGUCUCCCCCGCAGUCUGUACAGCCUGGUGUGGCUGAUCAGCCCCAUACUGGGCUUUCUGCUUCAGCCCAUCAUCGGCUCAGCAAGCGACUACUGUCGCUCUUCCUGGGGCAGGAGGAGGCCCUACAUCCUGGUCCUCGGCAUCCUCAUGCUGGUGGGGCUCAGCAUGUUUCUCAAUGGAGAUGCAGUGGUCUCAGGUGAGGAACAGUUUGCAUGUUUUAGAUUUAGUGUUUUUCAACUUCUAGCUCAAAGUACGUUUUUGUUAGCUGGGAAAUAUUUUUUUAAAAAUUCCACUUUUAUCAUAAAAAAAGAAAAAAAAACUUGUAGCAUCUGAAGAAAAAGAUGAGAAAUUGAGGCAGGGUUGUGUGAGAAGCUGGCUCCAACCUGUUGCAUUAACAGGUGAUCAUUUUUAAAUCAAAAUUGAAGUGGAAAAACAUACUUUUUUGAUUGGCACUAAUUUUAGUCAAUUAUUGCCAUCUACACAUGUAAAUGUGAAAU